ACAAUCUUUAAGAAUUAUCUAACCAUCAGCACAGAUACAGAACCUAUACUAUAUGGAGCAGGCGCUUAAAAAGUUUUGGAAAGAACAGAGUUAAUAUAUAACAAACCUCUGGUCAAGUAGAGAUCCCCGUUAGCUCUGGCAAGUAAAGGGUUAUUGAAGGACUGGGCCAAAAGUUCUGCUGUGUUUCCUCCUAGGCAUUAGCAUUUCUGUGGAACAGUCACACCAGGUGUGGAUUAAAACAAGGUGUGGGAAAACCACAUUAUAUUGCCUUCUCUGUGGGAUGAAACGUGGGUGAUGUCUGAGAGAGUUUCAGAAGAACCGGGACUGGACAAAGGGGAUGGAGCCGAGGAAUGUGAAUUGGAUGAUCCUGAACUGAAGGCCAUCAGAAUGCGAGUGCGAGAAAUGGAAGAGGAGGCUGAGCGGCUGAAGGGGUUAUCUGGACAGGAUAAGAGUAUUGGUGUCAGCACUAGGCCCUGCAUGCAAACGACCCAUUCAAAGAUGACAGCAGGAGCAUAUACUGAGGGUCCGCCACAGCCUCUGAGUGCAGAGGAGAAGAAAGAAAUUGACAAACGAUCAGUUUAUGUUGGCAACGUGGAUUACGGAAGUACAGCCCAGGAUUUAGAGGCUCACUUCAGUAGCUGUGGUUCCAUCAAUCGCAUCACUAUUCUAUGCGACAAGUUCUCCGGACAUCCAAAAGGAUAUGCAUAUAUUGAGUUUGCAGAAAGGAACUCUGUCGAUGCUGCAGUGGCAAUGGAUGAAACCGUAUUCCGAGGACGAACAAUCAAGGUCCUACCCAAGAGAACAAACAUGCCAGGAAUUAGCAGCACGGACAGGGGUGGGUUCCGUGGCAGACCUCGAGGAAACCGAGGAAAUUACCAGAGAGGACAAAGGCCCAGAGGAAGGCCUUUCAGAGGUCGCGGAAGACCAGGCCCUUUGAAUAACCCAUACUGAAUGUGAAGAGUCUUUAGCCUACCAACUCUGUGUGCACAUCGUAUAGCUAACAAGUGGAAGGAGAGUGCUUCAACAUGCCUUAAUCUGGUGCCUAGGGAUGCCUAGGUAUGUCCGGCCAAAGAAACUCACAUUAAUAUUGUUAAAACCCAGAUGGCACCAAGAGGAUGUUUUGGGGAUUUUGUGCUACUGAACUACAGUAUGUAAAUAGCUCUGUUCUAUAAAACCUAUUUAAUGUUUACGUAUUGCAUUACAUUGGUUACUAAAAUAAACAAUUGUGGUGCUUU